AUGUCUCAUCCUCAAUCUACCUUCCGCCACACGACCUUUGCCCCAGGCUCCAUCCUACAUCGUCGACGGACCACAAUUGCAAAGACAACUCUGCACACACAACUAAAGCGUCUUCGCGAAACAGGUCGUUAUGACUGCUUCAAACUAAAAUGGCAUGAUAUCUAUGGCGACAAGUCUAUGUGGCCUGUCCCCUUCCAUCUUUUCUGGGAUAGUGACAUAGCAAAGUGGAUUGAAGGCGCUUGUUACUUUCUUCAUGAUGAGUUUGAUCCCGAGAUAGACACCGCUGUCAAGGAGUUGGUUGAGACUAUUCGUGGAGCACAACAAGAUGAUGGGUAUCUAAAUGUCCACUAUACCGUGGUUGAGCCCGGGAAAAGAUGGACUAAUUUGCAGGACAUGCAUGAAUUGUACAACGCAGGGCACCUUAUCGAAGCCGCUAUCGCACACCAUCACUACUACAAGAACAACCUCCUACUUGAACCCAUCGAGAAAUACGUUGCUUUGAUCCAUCGAACGUUCGGGUCUGCAGACAAUCAAUUACACGGCUAUCCAGGCCAUCCAGAAAUUGAACUAGCACUCUUCCGACUUUACCAAGCUACUGGUAAUCAGACAGCCUACGACCUAUCUCGAUACUUCAUAGAAGAGCGAGGUAACAAGACAGGACAAGCCGGAGAGCACUACUUCGAGUGGGAGUCCAAGCAGCGAGGCCAGAACAUCUAUCAGAGGCCUGACAGCUACCCAGAGCAUGCUUCCCACUGGUACUGCCAAGCUCACAAGCCCAUCCUGGAACAAGAUACUGUGGAAGGCCACUCCGUUCGAGCAAUGUAUCUUUUAACCGCCGUCGCUGACAUGGUCUGCAUCGACAACCAAUCCCUCCAAGCCUCAUCAGACUGGAAGAACACACUAAACCGUCUAUGGAACAACAUGGUCGAAAAGAAAAUGUACCUUACCGGUGGCAUAGGGGCUAUCAAACAGUGGGAGGGUUUCGGUCGUGAUUACUUCCUUCCUCAGAGCACCGACGAAGGAGGUUGUUAUGCCGAGACUUGCGCCUCCAUUGCUGUCAUGAUGCUUGCGGAACGCCUUCUCCACAUAGACCUCGACGGGAGGUUUGGAGAUGUCAUGGAAUUGUGUCUAUACAAUAACGUCAUGACGUCAAUGAGUCUCGAUGGAAAGGCUUUCACGUAUGUGAACCAGCUUGGAAGUUCAGAAAGUGACAAGAGCGUUCGUGAGGAGUGGUUCUGGUGCGCUUGUUGUCCGCCCAAUGUUACGCGUCUGUAUGGCUCCUUGGGCGGAUAUCUCUGGGACUUCGGGAACAUCUCCGAGGGUGAAGUGUAUAUCAAUGUGCACUUGUACUCAAAAGCUAGCCUGAAGUUCGAGGUCGCUGGACAAGAAGUGUUACUGGAGCAAGACUCAGACUGGCCAUGGGAUGGGCUUGUCAAGUUUCGUCUAUCAGCCCCCGAGUCACUGAAGACCACAAUACGACUCAGAAUCCCUGGGUGGUCUCGAAGUCAGUAUCAAGUAACCCCAGAGCCAAGUCAAGGAAGCGUUAAUCUACAUAAAGGUUAUCUUACCCUUAACUCGGCUUACGUCGCCAAGUACCCAGAGUUCUCUUUAAGCAUCGGCAACUUCAAACCACUAUAUCUUGCGCCUCACCCAUAUACCAACCAGCGCACAUUAACGCUUACUCGGGGACCUCUGGUGUACUGUAUGGAGGACGCUGAUAAUAACUGGGAGGAUAAUCAUUUCAAGGAUAUCGGGCUAAAAGCGUCUACGUUGGUUGAUGAGGAGAGGAAGAAGUUUGGAGAUGAGGAGUAUGUUGAAUUGAAAACGUCCUGUUGGCGCCGAACGUUGAAUGAUGCCGAAGCUGGUACGGCUCCUGGUCCUGGUAGUGUAGUUGAUUGUGAAGAAAAUGCAGGUACAAAGAUGGAAGCCAUUUUUGUGCCUUACUAUCUACGGGCGAACAGAGGAGGCAAUGGACACAUGAGAGUUGGACUCAACCGUAUCUGA